UGGCGCGCCAACGAGUGCAUGUGGCAUGGUCUGUGCACACCACGUACACAACUGCGUCUCUCCUUUCCCUUUUCUCUCUCCUGACUUCUUGCAGGAGAACAAAUCAUGAAAAAAUCACAUCUCACAUUUUUUUCCUUUUCUCUCUCCUGACUUCUUGCAGGAGAACAAACCAUGAAAAAAAAUCACAUCUCACAUUUUUUAGCGAGGUCUUUCUCUGUCCACCCACGUUCGUUGGCUCAGGGGAAUCGAACCCGGGUUCUCCCAAAAUUCUUCUCCACAAAAUGAGUUCACUUGCCACUUGAACUACCCCAUUGAGUUAAAUCACAUCUCACAUUAGUAAAAAAUCAACACGCUUAUUUUUAUUGUUCCAAAAAUCAUAAAAGACCUCCUAUUAAAAAUGUUUAUAACUUUUUAAUACAAUAAUUAUAUUCCACCCAUUCUAGUACCAAUUUUGGUACUAGAUAUACUCCGUACUGUCUUUCCUAUUUUUGUUAGUUUCACGCCCGGAGUUAACGUCCACGUCAUCGUAACAGCGUACGAUGGCAGUCAUACAUAAUCUGUUGUGGAUCCCACGUGACACAUGUCAGCAGGUAAAUCAUUCCUACUACUCCCCUACCCCACCAUCACAACGAAACCCUUUCCAUAUCAAAAUAUCGCCGCGGAAAUCUCGGAAUUGCAAUUCAGUUACCUGAAAACCCUAAAUCCUGCAACGACUGCCGGGGAGGAUUCACGACUCUCAUCGGCGGCAGCUGAAGCAGGGCAGCUCGGCGUCAUCGGCGGCCGGAAUGGACAACGACGGAACCAAGGAUGAACGAUUGUCUAAAAGAGCGAAACCAUACAAGCCGCGCAAAGAAUCCGCCGCAGGUGAAGACCGUAAGCAGGUGCUCUCGCCGGCGGCUAUACCGGUGUGGCCUGAGAGGGAAGUAUUAAAUACGGAUGCUGCCAUGGAUAAUCAAGGGGAGCAGCACCUUCAAAAAUCUCUAUUUGCUUCACGAACUUCCCCAAACUGCUUGUUUCAAUUGUUCAAGCACCUCACAGAUGAACAAAAAGAGGUGGUACAGGAGAUUGGCUUUGGUGGGCUGCUUCAUCUUUCCACUGACCGACUUGCUUCAUCACUGUCUUGUUGGCUUGCGAACAGCUAUGAGGUAGCUGAUCAAACAUUAUACGUGGAUUUAAGUCGUGGAAAGAAGAUAGAAAUCAAUUCAUAUGAUGUUCAUCUCACUCUUGGCUUGCCGUGCUCAGAUAAUGAGGUUGUUGAAGCAGGAAACAGUGACGAUUCUGAUGAAUCUUACAAGAAUUUAUUGGAUAGAUGGCGUGAAAGUUGGAACAUACAAUGUGGCUCACCCACAGCAGCAGCAAUGCUCAAAGCUAUGCAGGGUGACAAGUCACAUGGUGAAGAGUUCAGGAGGAACUUUGUGAUACUCACUGUGUCCACACUGUUGGCAUCAACACAAACCAGAUAUGUGAAUUUUAAAAUUUUGAAAUCACUUAUUAAUGUUGAACAAAUAAAAGAACUUGACUGGUCGGGUUAUACGAUCAAGAAGCUCAACCUGGCAAUGGAUUCAUGGAAGGCAAAGACGGACUCUUUUUUCACUGGUUCAAUGCUGUUCUUACAGAUGCUUUACCUAGACCGUGUGAUUACUGCACAAGGGAGGAUAGUUCCAAGGGACUUCCCUACACUAAAAGGGUGGACAUCUGAUUGCAUAUGUCAACGACUGGACUGGGAAGUCAAGCAUGGAGGUUUUGGAAAGGGACGUGUUGAAAUGCCUUAUGGACACGAGUUUUCUAAAUCUCCCAACGUAGCUCUCCCAACUCAACAAAUCGAAGAUGAUAGUGUACCCAUAGGGGAGGAACCAGAUUAUGAGAGGGAUUUGAAAGAGCUGGGUAAGUGCUGUGCAACCGUGGCAGUGGCCAUCAUAAACUUAAAAAGAAAUAUCACACAAGUGUCUGAAAAAUACCCAGACUCGGCACAAGUAAACCGGAUUAAGGCAAUGGCUACUACAAUUUUUAUGGGUAACAGCUCUUUAACCCAAAAGAUUAACCAGCUUACGGCCAUGGCUACUACACUUGUGGAUAAAACUUCUGGUACCAAACAGUUUGAGGUCAGUCAGAUUGUCACUCAAGAGUCGAGAUGAAUGUUCCUUUGCGUAAAUGGAUUGAUUGUUCAUUAUAGAAACAGAAUGGUAGUCAAUAUUUUGUAGGAAAUGCUUCUUACCUCUCUUGAAUUUUCCCUCUUAAUGUGGCUGGCUUCCAUCCAUUGGGUGUCCAUGAAUUGAUGGUCACCACCAAUUAAAAAGAGAAUUUAGUAACCAAUUAGAUAAUGUCACAUUAAUAGGGAUGGGAUGGAUUAGAGGGGAAAAUAUGAGGGGUAUCUAGCUUUACUUUAUUCUGUGUUUGUACCGUUAGACUGAAAAUAUGAUCUUCAAUUGUCAUACAAAAUAAGUGUAUUUAGCAUUCAUUAUACUUUUGGAGUUAUUUUUAAUAUGUCAA